CUUGGUCGUUUGGCCGCAGAACUAGGUUACUGAUAGUGGACAGAAGUUAGUGAUAGAGACUGUUAUUCUGGUUGGAGAUCUGUGACAUGGAGAUCUGCAAGAAUCUGUGCUGGGACCACUGAUGUAUAUGAUGUAUAUAAAUGACUAGGACCUAAAAGUAAAUAAAUUGGUUGGAUUGGUCGUACUUUCGGGAAACUCGGAAAAAUGAACAUGGUGAAAAGAAUCAUGGGCCGUCCACGGCAGGAAGAGUGUAGUCCGCAGGAUAAUGCACUUGGUCUAAUGCACCUUCGUCGUCUUUUCAUGGAACUCUGUCAUUCACCUCGGCAUAUGACUCAGAAGGAACAGGAAGAAAAGCUAUAUAUGAUGCUACCGGUUUUUAAUAGGGUGUUUGGAAAUGCUCCCUCUGGCACUAUGACUGAGAAAUUUUCAGAUCUCUUGCAAUUUGCUGCCCAGGUGUCACGCUUGAUGGUGACAGAAAUCAGGAGAAGAGCCUCGAACAAAUCUACAGAGGCAGCCAGUCGAGCCAUUGUCCAAUUUUUGGAAGUUAAUCAAAGUGAAGAAUCAAGUAGAGGAUGGAUGCUUCUCACUACAAUCAACUUAUUGGCAUCAUCAGGACAGAAAACUGUAGACUACAUGACAACAAUGUCUCUACCUUCCACACUGGUUAAAUGUCUCUAUCUGUUCUUUGAUCUUCCUCAUGUGCCUGAUGUACCUGGAGGAGCACAGACAGAGCUACCACUUAGUGAACGACGGUCACUAUUGCAAAAAGUAUUUGUACAGAUCUUGGUGAAACUCUGCAAUUGUGUGUCACCGGCAGAAGAACUAGCCCAAAAAGAUGAUCUCCAGCUACUAUUCAGUGCUAUUACCUCUUGGUGUCCCCCCCAUAACAUUCUUUGGAGGAAGAGCGCAGGAGAGGUGCUAAUGACCAUAUCUCGUCAUGGACUUAGUCUCAAUGUUAUCAAAUAUAUUCACGAGAAAGAAUGUGUAGCCACGUGUAUCCAGAAUAUGCAGCAAUCAGAAGAUCUAUUACCCCUGGAAAUUGUUGAAAUGUUUGCUGGGCUGUCCUGCUUUCUUAAAGACUCCAGUGAUAUCUCGCCAGUUCUUUUGGAUGAUUUUCGGUCUUGCCAAGGUUACCAAUUUCUCUGUGAUCUUCUGCUCAAAUUGGAACAAACAAAAGAGCCUGAUGCUAAAGAGGCACUGAUGGACUUGGUACACUUGGUGACUUCAUUAACAACAUAUGGGAUCAAUGAAUUAAGACCCACAGGCAUAAGUAGUGGCGCACCUUUCCUUCUGCCAGGAUUUGCAGUACCACAACCUACUGGCAAAGGUCGCACAGUAAAAAACAUCCAAGCCUUUUCUGUUCUUCAGAUCGCCUUUUUAAAAGUGAAAACAAGCCAUCUUGCCAGAAUCAUCUUAGAUGCCAUUUCAAACAUCUACAUGGCAGAUAAUGCCAAUUACUUCAUCCUAGAAUCUCAGCACACCCUCUCUCAGUUUGCUGAGAAGAUUUCGAAAGCCCCAGAGGUGCAGCCAAAGUACUUUGAAAUGUUGGAGUUGAUUAUUUUCAGCUUAAACUAUAUUCCUUGUAAAGAACUAAUAAGUGUCAGCAUCUUAUUAAGGUCCAGCACGUCUUACCAAUGUAGCAUCAUCGCAAUGAAGACACUUUUGAAAUUUGCACGCCAUGAUCCUAUUUUUCGGGAUGUGUAUCGGGAGGUUGGAUUGCUUGAGGUGAUGGUGAAUCUUCUGCACAAAUACGCUGCUCAUUUAAAAGAACCUAUUCAGAGUUCUAAUGACUCAGAUUCUAAAGCAAAUUGCUCAUUGGAGGACCGGAAUCAGCUUGCCCUAUUAGUAAUGGAGGACCUGACAGUACUGUUGCAAGGAUCAAACACAAAUGCAGGUGUUUUCCGAGAGUUUGGAGGAGCACGAUGUGUUCAUAAUAUAGUGAAGUAUCCCCAGUGCCGAGAACCUGCACUGAUGAUUAUCCAACAGUUAAUUUUGUCCCCUAGUGGUGAUGAUGAUAUGGGUACUUUAUUAGGACUGAUGCACACAGCCACACCUGCAGAGCUACAGCUCAAAACUGAUAUUCUAAUGGCUCUACUUACUGUGCUGAGAGAAAGUCACCGCACACGAACAGUGUUCCGAAAAGUUGGGGGAUUUGUUUAUGUCACCUCACUGUUAGUUGCAAUGGAACGAUCUUUGAUUAAUCAACCCAAAGGAGUAUGGGAAAAGGUGAACUCAAACCAAGUCUUCGAACUAGUGUAUACUGUCAUUUGUACACUGACAGCAGCAAUGCGUUAUGAACCUGCUAAUUCACAUUUCUUUAAAACUGAAAUUCAGUAUGAAAAACUUGCAGAUGCUGUGCGUUUGCUUGGUUGCUUCUCAAAUAUGCGACAAAUAUGUUCAACAACCUCCUACCCUUCAAAUAUCCAACCAUUUCAAAACAUACUUGAAGAUGAUGCAUUGUUGGAUUCAGUUGGUCCCACACUGAAACAUUGUAGUAAACUUUUCUGUUGUCUCUACAAAAUGGUCACGGAUUCUUUUGACAGUUUUGCUGAACAGAUUCCGCCUUGCUUGACACAUGAGAUUUCCCUUCCCUCACCUUGGGGUACUCCAGCUCUGGCCAGAAAAAGGCCGGGCUAUCACACUGUUUCAGCUCCACCUGUGUUGCCAGCCAAAUCCGUCUCAGAAUUAAAGCUACUCAACACACUGACUUCCUUGCAUUCUCCUGAUGCAGUCAUAAUACAUCCAGGAGCUGCACUUGCAACUUUAGACCUCUUGGCUUCAGUUGGCUCCAAUGAACAAUUUGAGCAUGCAUUAGCCCUUCAGUUUGCGGUGGCUAAUAGUUUGCAGUCACUCAUCCACUCGGAGAGAAAUCAGCAGGUGAUGUGUGAUGCAGGACUUCAUGCACGGCUUUUGCAAAGAUGCAGUUCUGCUCUGUCUGAUGAAGACCAUCCUCUACACCCCCCACUUCAAAGGAUGUUCGAGCGAUUAGCUUCGCAGUCAUUAGAACCAAUGGUCCUUAGGGAGUUUCUCCGCCUUGGUAACCCAUUGAAUUGUGGGGCCUGGGAUAAGAAAAUGAUUAGUGUGUACAGGGUGCACAAGCCAAGUUCUUUAAGUUGUGAAGCAGAUAUGAGAGGGAACGUAAUGGAUGGGUAUGGUCCUGAUAAUGUAUUCACCCUGAAUGAAGACAACAGUCACUACAAGAUUAGCAAAAGCUUGCUCAAAGGGGCAGAAGGAAGCACCGUGCCUCUGACCAGGGUGAAAUGCUUGGUCUCCAUGACAACACCACAUGAUAUUAGACUUCAUGGUUCAUCAGUCACUCCAGCAUUUGUGGAGUUUGAUACAAAUCUGGAAGGCUUUGGCUGUCUGUUUUUGCCCAGUUUGGCUCCUCAUAAUUCCCCCAUCCAUGCUCCGACUGCAACAGGAGGAAUAAACGACGGAGCUGUUACAAGUGGACUUGGUGCAGGUGAACGAUUCUUUCCACCACCAUCUGGACUUACUUAUUCAACCUGGUUUUGCAUUGAGAGGUUCAGUAACCCUCUGACCAAUCAUUCUGUAAAGCUUCUUACCCUAGUGCGGAGAUCAAAUUCAUCUGAGCAGCAUUACAUUUGCCUUGCUGUAAUCCUUUCUGGGAAAGACAAGUCCCUAUUUGUUUCUACCAAGGAAGAGUUGCUGCAAAACUAUGUUGAUGACUUCAGUGAGGAGUCAUCCUUUUAUGAGAUUCUUCCUUGCUGUGCUCGAUUUCGCUGCGGUGAACUAAUUAAUGAGGGACAGUGGCAUCACCUAGUGCUUGUGAUGAGUAAAGGCAUGUUGAAGAACAGCAAUGCUACUUUAUACCUGGACGGUCAACAUGUUAACACAGUUAAGCUUCACUAUAUCCACGGUUCACCGGGUGGAUCAGGAUCUGCAAAUCUGCCAGUUGUUAGUACCGUGUAUGGCUACAUUGGCACACCUCCAGCUCAGCGUCAGAUUUCAUCCUUAAUAUGGCGCCUUGGACCCACCCACUUCUUGGAGGAAGUUUUACCUGCUACCAGCGUCAGUAUCAUUUAUGAAUUGGGGCCGAAUUAUAUUGGCAGCUUCCAAGCUGUGUGUGUUCCCUGUAAAGAUUCAAAACCUGAAAUGACAAUUCCAUCUCCCAUCAGCUUGAUUCCUGAAGAGAAAGUAUCAUUUGCACUUUAUGCACUGUCGGUCUCUACACUUACAGUUGCCAGAAUUAGAAAAAAUUACAACAAAGUGGACAGCAAGACAAUAGCCAAACAGAUGGCCAUUUCUUCUCAUGAAAAUGCUACACCAGUAAAACUGCUGCAUAAUGCUGCAGGCCACUUAAAUGGACCAGCAAGAACUAUUGGAGCAGCUCUGAUAGGAUACCUAGGUGUGAGAACUUCUGUGCCAAAGCCUGUUGCCACUACGUUGCAAUAUAUUGGUGGAGCAGCUGCUAUUUUAGGCUUGGUUGCAAUGGCAUCGGAUGUCGAAGGUCUCUAUGCUGCUGUGAAAGCUCUUGUUUGCGUGGUAAAAAGCAAUGCAUUGGCCAGCAAAGAGAUGGAGAGGAUUAAGGGAUAUCAGCUGUUGGCAAUGCUGCUGAAAAAGAAGAGGACACUUUUGAAUAGUCAUAUUCUUCAUCUCACAUUUUCACUGGUGGGAACUGUUGACAGUGGCCAUGAGACCAGUAUCAUUCCCAAUUCGAAUGGAUUUCAGGAUUUGCUUUGUGACUUUGAUGUAUGGCUUAAUGCACCGUAUGAACUUCAUCUCUCAUUGUUUGAGCACUUUAUUGAACUUCUCACUGAAUCAAGUGAAGCUUCAAGAAAUGCCAGGUUAAUGAGAGAUUUCCAGCUGAUACCAAAACUGCUGCUUACUCUGAAAGAUUCAUCUCUGUCACAAUCGACAAUAGCAGCCAUCAGUAAUGCACUCAGUCUUCUGCUGCAUGGAUUCCCAAAUACAAAUGAUCUACUCAGGUUUGGUCAGUUUCUCUCUUCUACGUUACCCACUUUUGCAGUCUGUGAAAAGUUUAUUAUCAUGGAAGCUAUUAGUGAGGAAAAGGAAGUAGGUGUCGAUGAUGAUUUUGGUGGCCUUGUUUCAGCCAAUACUAUUCUGCUGAGAAAUAGACUCUUGGACGUCUUGCUAAAGCUACUGCAUACUUCAAAGGAAAAAAACAAUGUUAAUCUGCAAGCUUGUGAAGAAUUGGUGAAGGUUUUGGGUUUUGACUGGCUUCUAACUUUCAUGGAAGAGCACUUGCAUCCCACAACUGUCACUGCAGCAAUGAGAAUUCUUGUUAUACUACUGAGCAACCAAUCGAUCCUUGCCAAAUUUAAAGAAGGCCUUUCUGGAGGAGGUUGGCUUGACCAGACGGACUCUGUUCUCACGAAUAAAAUUGGCACUGUAUUAGGUUUCAAUGUUGGCAGAAUUGCUGGCGGUAGAUCAACAGUGCGUGAAAUAAACCGUGAUGCUUGUCAUAUCCCUGGUUUCUCUAUUCUGCAGUCAUUCCUACCCAAACAUACGAAUGUGCCUGAGCUAUAUUUUCUGUUGAUGGCCCUUUUCCUCCAGCAGCCAGUUACUGAACUUCCAGAAAAACUGCAGUUUGAUCUGGAUUCCAUUUGGUCGUUUAUCUUUGGUGUUCUUGCUUCAAGUGGGACGGUGGUUGCAUCUAUUCACACUGUGUGUUCAGAGUCUGCCUUUUUAUUGUUGGGAAUGCUGAGGAGUAUGCUCAAUCUUCCCUGGCAAUCUGAAGAGGAAGGCUCCUGGCUUAGAGAAUAUCCAGUUACUUUGAUGCAGUUUUUCCGCUACCUGUACCAUAAUAUUCCAGAUCUAGCACCACUUUGGACAAGCCCUGAAUUCCUUUGUGCAUUUGCAGCAACUGUCUUUCCCUUUAACAUCAGGCCAUAUUCAGAAAUGGUGAGUGAUCUUGAUGAUGAAAUGGGCUCUCCUGCUGAAGAAUUCAAGGCAUUUGCUGGUGAUACUGGCAUGAACAGGAGCCAGUCAGAAUAUUGUAAUGUGGGGGCUAAAACCUUCCUCACUAAUCAUCCUGCCAGAAAGCUUGUAUUUGAUUUCAUGCGUGUCCUUGUGAUUGAAAAUCUGUGCCUUGCACCUGCAAGUAAACAAACUACUCUUAUAGAUAUGCUUUUAGAGGCAUCGCCUGAUCGAUCAACACGAGCUCAGCAAAAAGAAUUUCAAACUUGUAUCUUGGACAGUGUAAUGGAUCACUUAUUGGCAGCGGAUGUUUUGUUAGGUGAAGAUUCAACAUUGCCUAUUGCUAGUGGAGGAAGUUACAGUAUAUUAGUGAACAAUGUAUUUUACUUAACACAAAGACUUGUGGAUAAGCUUUGGCAAGGCAUCUUCAGCAAAGAAUCAAAACUUGUUGUUGACUUCAUUAUUCAGUUGAUAGGACAAUCAAAACGAAGGUCCCAAGGACUGUCUCUGGAUCCUAUUUAUCACUGCCUUAAUCGAGCCAUACUAUGUCAACUAUCAAGACCACAUAAGACUGUUCCACAGCAAGUUUCCCUUUUAGACUCUUUAAGAAUCCUGACAGUAAACCGUACUCUUAUCCUCGGACCUGGCAAUCAUGAUCAAGAAUUCAUUGGCUCCCUGGCUCACAGCUUACUUAGCCUCUACACUGGAAGUAGCCUCGAAGGGUUUGGUCUAGAAGCAGAAGCCAGAAUGACAACAUGGCACAUCAUGAUACCUUCUGAUCUAGAACCAGAUGGAAGUCAUAGCCAAGAUAUUAGUGAAGGUCGACAGCUACUUCUCAAAGCUGUGAAUAGGGUUUGGACUGAACUGAUUGUCAGCAAAAAACAAGCUUUGGAGGAGAUUUUCAAAGUAACACUACCUACAAAUGAGCGUGGACUGGUGGACUUGUCCACUGCUCGUCCACUCAUUGAAGAUGCAGCUUUAAAGUGCUGGCAGAAUCAUAUGGCCCAUGAGAAAAAAUAUAUUAGUCGAGGAGAUGCAACUAUAGGUCCUGUGACACAGUCAAAACUGUCACGAGUGAGCAGCGGAUUUGGCCUGUCAAAGUUGACGGGAUCCAGACGGAACAAGAAGGAAAGUGGAAUCAGUAAAAAUAACCUCACAUCUCAGGAAAUAUCUCAGUGGAUGUUUACUCAUAUUGCUGUUGUGCGAGAUUUGGUUGAUAUGCAAUAUAAAGAAUAUCAGGAGCGACAGCAAAAUGUCCUGAAGUACGUGACUGAAGAAUGGGCUCAGAUAGAGUAUGAACUAUUGCGAGAGAGGGGCUUAUGGGGGCCUCCAAUUGGAUCAUAUCUUGAUAAAUGGAUGUUGGAAAUGCCAGAAGGUCCCUGCCGAAUGAGAAAGAAGAUGGUGCGAAAUGACAUGUUUUAUAUACAUUAUCCCUAUGUACCAGAAAACGAGCCGGAAUCGACCAGUCUCCUGAAACCUACUCGCUACCGUAGAGCUAUAAGCUAUGACAGUAAAGAAUACUACAUACGCCUGUCUGCUGGAAAUCCAACCAUGUGUACAGAUACAAUUGAAGAGAGUUCAGAGGGUGAAACCACCCAGCAUGAACCAGAGCAUGGAGAGGACACUAUUGCAAGAGUCAAAGGGAUUGUGAAGCCACCUUUAAAGCGUUCACGUUCUGCCCCUGAUGGUGGAGAUGACGACAACACAGAACCUUUCCUUGACCAAGCUUCAGAAGGAAGUUCAGUGGAAGAGGAGGAGAAGACUGAUAACCAAACACUGGUGCGAUUAUUAGAAGAAGGAGAAAAGAUUCAACAUAUGUAUCGAUGUGCUCGAGUACAAGGGCUGGACACCAGUGAAGGGCUCCUCUUGUUUGGGAAAGAACAUUUCUACGUGAUUGAUGGUUUCACAAUGACUGCCACCAGAGAAAUCCGUGACAUUGAGACACUGACUCCAAACAUGCAUGAGCCUAUUAUUCCCAGAGGUGCACGGCAAGGGCAGAGUCAGCUAAAGAGGACUUGCAGUAAAUUUGCCUAUGAGGACAUCAAGGAAGUACAUAAGAGACGGUAUCUGCUGCAGCCUAUUGCAGUUGAGGUUUUUUCUGGUGAUGGACGAAACUAUCUCUUGGCCUUCCAAAAAGGAGUUCGAAAUAAAGUGUACCAAAGGUUUUUAGGUGUAGUUCCCUCUUUGACUGAUAGUUCCGAGUCAGUCUCUGGCCAACGGCCCAAUACGAGUGUGGAACAAGGGUCUGGUUUGCUAAGUACAUUGGUUGGAGAGAAGUCUGUAACACAAAGAUGGGAGAGGGGAGAAAUCAGUAACUUCCAAUAUCUUAUGCAUCUAAACACAUUAGCUGGCAGAUCCUACAAUGAUUUAAUGCAAUAUCCAGUAUUCCCGUGGAUCUUGGCAGACUAUGAUUCUGAGGAACUUGAUCUUACAAAUUCCAAAACAUUCAGGAACCUGGCUAAGCCAAUGGGAGCUCAGACUGAAGAGAGGUUAGCUCAGUAUAAGAAACGCUAUAAAGAUUGGGAAGAUCCAAAUGGUGAGACACCAGCAUAUCACUAUGGUACACAUUAUUCUUCUGCCAUGAUUGUUGCUUCUUAUCUAGUAAGAAUGGAGCCAUUUACUCAAAUAUUUCUCCGACUCCAGGGUGGUCAUUUUGAUUUAGCUGAUCGAAUGUUUCACAGUAUUCGAGAGGCCUGGUACUCGGCAUCAAAACACAAUAUGGCAGAUGUGAAAGAACUCAUUCCAGAAUUCUUUUACCUUCCAGAGUUUCUCCUAAAUUCCAACAACUUUGAUCUUGGUUUUAAGCAGAACGGCACGAAAUUGGGAAAUGUGUUGCUACCACCAUGGGCAAAAGGAGACCCAAGAGAAUUCAUCAGAGUUCACCGUCAGGCACUGGAAUGUGACUAUGUCAGUUCACAUCUGCACGAGUGGAUCGACUUGAUCUUUGGAUAUAAACAACAAGGUGUACCUGCAGUAGAAGCUGUCAAUGCUUUCCAUCAUCUCUUUUAUGAAGGGCAGGUCGACAUUUAUAAUAUCAAUGAUCCUCUCAAAGAAACUGCAACAAUUGGGUUCAUCAAUAAUUUUGGACAGAUUCCCAAACAAUUAUUUAAGAAGCCGCAUCCGCCAAAAAGAACACGGAGCAGGAUAAAUGGAGAUGCUUCCGUUGCACCAACCUCUCUGAGCUGUGCCAUGGAUAAGGUCUUCUUUCAUCAUUUGGAUAAUCUUAGACCAUCAUUGGCACCUGUCAAAGAACUUAAGGAACCAGUGGGACAGAUCAUUUUUACAGAAAAAGGCAUUCUAGCAGUAGAACAAAACAAAGUCCUGAUUCCUCCCAUUUGGAACAAAACAUUUGCCUGGGGAUAUGCAGAUCUUAGUUGCAGAGUUGCAAAUUAUGAAUCUGAUAAGGCCUUGAUAGUCUAUGAAUGCUUAAGUGAAUGGGGACAGAUUUUCUGCGCAAUUUGUCCAAACCCAAAAUUGAUUGUCACAGGAGGGACAAGUACUGCAAUCUGCGUUUGGGAAAUGGGUACCUCCAAGGAAAAGGUCAAGACUCUGACUCUGAAACAGGCACUCCACGGGCACACUGAUGCAGUCACUUGUUUAACUGCUUCAUCAGCCUAUCACAUAAUUGUCAGUGGAUCACGAGAUCGAACAUGUAUUAUUUGGGAUUUGAAUAAGCUGUCCUUUGUCACCCAGCUGCGAGGCCACAGGGCACCAGUGUCUGCUUUGUGUAUUAAUGAAUUAACGGGAGAUAUUGUUUCUUGUGCUGGGACAUACAUUCAAGUGUGGAACAUCAAUGGGAAUCCGGUGGUGAACGUGAAUACGUUUACAGGACGCAGUCAGCAGAUUCUAUGUUGCUGUGUAUCUGAGAUGAAUGAAUGGGACACACAAAAUGUUAUAGUCACAGGUCAUUCAGAUGGUGUGGUCAGGUUUUGGAGAAUGGAGUUUCUGCAGGUUCCAGAAACUCCAGUUCCUGAGGAGACCAGCAAACUUGUAGAAAAAAUGCAGGAACACUCUGACAAUGCACAGAUAGAUGGGGAUGCCCAAGAUGAAGAUAGCAGUGAUUCUGACUUGGAGGACCGGAGCAUCCAAGAUCUAAAACCGAAGCAAAGUUUAUCUGGAUCUACAGCACACAGAACAAAGAGCUCGCGAGCAGCCUGGUGUGUAGAAGGCGAAGAAUCUAAACGCUGGGCAGAUCAACUUAGCCUGGAUGAGAAAGAUGGGUUUGUCUUUGUAAAUUAUUCAGAAGGCCAAGCUAAACUUCAUUCACAAUCUCAACACCAGCCUCAUGUUCAAAGUCAUAUGCAACAACCCCAUCAACAGUCAUUGCAGAAUGAUAUAAGACUUCGUAACCAACUAAGACAAGGAUACAGAUGGGAGCGACAGUUGGUUUUCCGAAGCAAGUUAACUAUGCAUACUGCGUUUGAUCGAAAAGACAACUGUCAUCCUUCAGAAGUCACCGCAUUAGGCAUUUCAAAGGAUCACAGUAAAAUCCUGGUGGGUGAUGCACGAGGUCGUGUAUUCAGCUGGUCAGUGAGCGACCAACCUGGGAGGACAGCUGCUGAUCAUUGGAUUAAAGAUGAUGGAGGCGACUGCUGCUCGGGAUGCUCAGCACGCUUCUCCCUGACUGAGAGACGGCAUCACUGUAGGAACUGUGGGCAGCUCUUCUGUCAAAAGUGUAGUCGAUUUCAGUCCGAGGUCAGGCGUUUGAAAAUCUCCUCACCCGUCCGUGUUUGUCAGAAUUGUUACUACAACUUGCAACAGGAGAAAGGAGCUGAUGAUUGCUCCAGGAACUAGCAGGUCCCUGAACUGUAUCAGGUGGUCAGCCAAGGAUAUUAAUUAUUACCCCCAGCUAUUUCAAAUGAUUUUAUGCAAAAGGAAAAGUCAUGUUGAGGGUGGGGUGGGAAGAGUUUACAUACAUUUGUACUGUCUUGAAGCACUGUAAUAUACUGAAUAGAAAGGGAUCAUUUGCCUUGCAGUUAAUGUGCUCUUCUCUCUACUUGUAUUUGCUGAGAGUAGUUCUGGACCGAAAAUCAUCUCUCAAACAUCUUGGUAAUGUCACUCUUAUUCAUUGAACCAGUGGCUUGUCAGAUUUUAGAUGUAAAUCUGCAUUCUCUGCAAGAAUCCUAUUUGUUUAUAGUGUAAAUAGUUGUAAUGGCCUUUUUAAACAAGAGAAAUGUCUGAAAUGCCUGUAAUAAGAUGUCCUACUAACCACUAAAUGUGUGAUUUUAGAAAUCAAUAGUAGUGUGUCUAGCAUCAUUUAGUAACUAUUUUAAGAGAUUAAAAAUGUGUAAAUGCUAACCAGAACCGUUAUUUUCAAUUGCAUUAAUACCUUGCAUUGUAUUUUUUUCAUUUUAAUUACUGUUUGAAUCAAAAUGUAUAGAUAUCAGGUUUAUUUGUUUACUCUAUUACAUAGGCACAGUAUCAAAGAAAAGGGGCACAAGUAAGUUUCAAAUUAAUCACUGCUGUACCCACAGUAAUAGCUUCCCUGAUAUUCAUAACAUCAUAGAAAUAUUAAUAUUUACCUGCAGAUGUGCUAUAACAACAUUAUCUCUGUUCUAGCAACCAUUCAUUUAAUGCUACACGUUUUAGGAGCAAUGGGGCACUUGUGGUGCCAGUGAAUGCAAGUAAUACUUUCAGCCUUGCACCAACACAAUGCAGAACUUUGAGUGUGUGGUAAAGGAAGAGAAGCAAAGAAGAGGCCCCUUACAUUUAUUUUAACUGUCACUUUAAUUUGAAAUUAUUUUCUCCUUCAUCCAACCAGUUCACAAAAGUAGAUUAUUUUACACAGCAAUUUUUCCUCUAAUCAACAGAUGGAAUCAAUACAGUGAGUUGUCUUAAUUUAAAACAAUGUUAUGCUUUGCUAGAAUAUGGCCAAUGUCCGAGUGAAGGGACACGGAGGCUCUGGUUGUUGAUUGAACCUUUAAAGCAGAUUUGAAAUCUCACCAUCUGGGGGUUCUUGCAUCUUCAUUUAUUAAAAUUACAACACAUCCAAAGCAUUACUGUCGUAAUCUAGUUCAUUCAGCAAAUCUUCAAUAGCCAUGAAGUGAAUUUUACAAAAUGGCUUCCACGCAUAUAGAUUGAUUAAAAUUGCUAAUUAAUCAUUUGUGGGCUUUGGCAGCUAGCAUGUUGCUCCAGUGUUAGACUGCCCCAAGUAAUUAUUUCUCGAAAGGAAACAAGAUAUAAAAAUGCAAGAUAGUACCAAUGAGCAUAUUUGUAAAGGACCUCAGUAUUUAAUAUUAGCUGUCAAAAGAAUAUUGCUGUUAGUAAACAGUUAUAUUCUGAAAGCACAUUGAUUGGGGCAAAGAAGCAACUACUGGUAGUUGUUAAUGUGUUAAGUGAGGGUGUCUCAGAAUCAUUAUUGUAGAUUAAUUGGCUGUAAAAGACCGUUAUUGCAGUAAUACAGUGGGCAGAAAAUGUUGCGUAAAAUGCUGCUACCAGUGCAAGGAUCACCUCUUAGUACAAUUGUUUAUUUAAAAUUGACCUUUGUUAAAAUUGUGAUGGGCAUAUCAAUACAUAAUAUAAUCUGUAGAAAGCACUUGAGCAAUCCAUGUUGUAGUAAGUAUAUUCGUGUGUAACUAACAUACUCAUCUUUCCCUUUCCUCUUGUUGUAAAACACAUUCAUGUGUAUGUAUCUGUAUAAUGUAUUGUGCAAUUUGUACCGUUAUGCUUAUUGGUAGAACCUGAUGCAAAAAGGCAGCAGUUGUCUACACCAAUACUAAAAGUUACAGAAAAUUUUGCACCUUGCUGUUGUGUAUAAAACUGGUAGGAAUCAUUUUAUCAUAUACAUUUCUCUAUCAUUUUAAAGACAGCAUUUCUUUGCAGUAAAUGAACUGUAUAAUAUUUAUGCAAUUAUACUCUUUGAAAGUAUUUUUAAUUUCAGCAAGUUUUGUUACUUGUUGCAUGAUUAACACAGCUGACUUUUUGUGUCAGUAAAAUGUAAAAAUUGUUUUCCACUUUUGUUGUGUUUAAUAUAUUAACCAAUUAUUUGUACCCCUUCCCAAAAGUACCAUAAUCUGUACAGUAAUGAAUCUGAAAAGAUACAGGCUAAACUGGAGUGGGAUUUUUCUACUGUAUAUGAGAAUUGAAAUCCGUGUUUUGGUGGUUCCUGUGCUAGACUGACGCAUUAUAUUAGUGUGUAAACUGUGGUAUCUGAAUGUUCAAUGUAUAUUUGUCUUAAUGAAAGAGCUACAGUCACACAAUACAUAUGUAACUAAUGCAAUAGCAACAAGUCCUGGUACUAAUUUUUUUCCAUUUAAAUAAAUACCUGCUAUUUACCACCAAA